GGAGCCCCAGGGGCCCCUAGCUCGGCUCCCCACGCUAACACGAGCACUACAAAUCACGCCAGGAGCCCAGUUUAGCUAACUGUAAAUAGUAUAGUUUCACGUAUGGUGCUUUGGACGCUGCUCUUAACCCAACCUAAAACAGUCUAUAUCGAUGUAAAAAGUUAACUUGUCUCCGGCGUCGGGCAGACAGUGGGAGGGGUGUUCAGGAUAUAGAAACAGCGAAGGGUUUAUGGGUGCUUGCUUUUUAAAUGGAUUUCUGAGUGGUUUUAAAAGCCCUGCUUCCGGUAACCUGACAAAUACGGAAGGAUCUGUGCUAUUUAAUACCAUAUUACACAGUAAUGGAAGAACAAGAGAAGAGAAAAUCCGAGUCCCAGGAUCACCCGUGCGAGGAGCAGACACAUUCUCUCUCAGUAGUACUAAGCGUCGAGGAGGAAGCGGCGGAAAUGCCGAGUGACUGGGGUCUCAACUCAGCAGAGGAGGACAGCGUGGCCAAUGGUUUCGGAGUGGAGGAGGGCGUCGAGGGCGUGGCGGCAGCCCCAGGGUUCUCCCCCGGCACCACCUACUGGAGCGUGAGCGAGGGGCCGGGCUUCCCACUCCUCCUGUCGCCGGUGGCCGGGCCGUCCCGGGGCAAGUCGGGCAAGCGGCGGGUGGAGAGGGCAUCGCGCGCGGGCAGCAGCCGGAUCCCGGGCCGCGACCACCGCCGUUAUUACCAUGAGUACUGGCGCGCCGAGUUUCUCAUGGACUUCGACGCCCAGCAGCACCGCAUGCUGUGCAUGGUGUGCGGCAGUUCGUUGGCUACGCUAAAGUUGAGCACCAUCAAGCGCCACAUCCAGCAGAAGCACCCGGAGUCCCUGCUCUGGACCACCGCUGACAAGGAGGCUAUCCGCGUCGGCUGGGACUCCCACCUCCGCCUGCAGGGGGCGCCGAGCCCCGCCCGCUCCUCCGCCGGGGGGACGCAGAGCCAGGAGGGGGAGCUGAACUCUCUACCUCUCUCCUCAGUUAAGCCCGAACCCGAGACGUCGGAAACCCCCUGCGGUAACGGUGGCCCCGCCCGAUGUCCCUCCCCGCCCGCGCCCCCCACCUCGGCGGCCCCCCCGGAGACCAGAGAGCCCUCCCCUGACCUGCCGGCCCGCGUGCUGGAGCGCUACGUGGACGACUCGCUCCACGCCUGGUUCCGGCAGGAGUUCCUGAUGGAGUACCGGGCCGAGGAGGGCCGGCUGGUCUGCAUGGUGUGUGCCGGCCAGCUGCCCUCCCUGCACCUGGACCACAUCAAGCGCCACGUCCUGGACGGGCACCCCGUCUCCCUGCUGUACAGCGCCAAGGAGCGCCACACCAUCCUGCACAGCUGGGCCCAGAAACAUGAGAGCAGCCCGCUGAGAGAGCACACGCCUGUCAAACCCGAGUCUCAGCUGGACGGGGGCAGAUCCAGCGCGGGCCCCGUGGCGCUCGGAGAGAGCGGAGGUCCGUCGCCGUCGUCGCGGAGCCCCUGCGGCAGGCUGCCCAAGCGCUGGCGGCUGGGCUACCUGGUGGCGCGGUGCCCGAGGCGGCGGGCGGUGGUGUGCAUGGUGUGCUCCCAGGCCCUGCCCACGGCCAACGCCGGAACCUUCCGCCAGCACAUCCGCCAGCAGCACCCCGAGACGGCCACGCUGAGCCGGCCCGAGCGCCGCGCGCUGGCCGACGCCUGGAGCAAACGCACCGGGGGGGCGGAGACAACGGGAACGCCACGCAAAGCCCUGCCAGGGGUAAAGGAGGAGGAUGAAGAGGCUCGGCAGGAGGAAGGUGCCCCCGGCGGGACCGCGCCCGGGAGGGGCCCAGCGCCGGCCCGGCAGAGCCCCCACCCGGGCCGGGACCAGCAGCGGUACUACCAGGAGCGCUGGCGCACCGAGUACCUGAUGGAGUACGACAGCCAGCGGCGCCGGCUGGUGUGCGUGGUGUGUGGCGCCACCCUCGCCACCCUCAAGGUCAGCACCAUCAAGCGCCACAUCCAGCACGUGCACCCCCAGACCCUGGCCUUCAGCCCCGCCCAGCGCGAGGAGGCCCUGCGGAACUUUAGCCACCCCGCCCUGGCGCCGGUCCCACCCGCCUCCCCUCCCAGGACACAUGACUCGCCACCAGGGGGCGCCCAGGAGCAGGAGUAACAGGAGUUCUAUUCCCCUGCACCUCGACCUGGCCGCUCCGACCUAUAGCUGCUCCACAGACUAUUAAUAUUUAUUUGCUGUAGCUUUGGUGGUUCCCAGUGUGUGGGCUAGAAGCCGGUGAUGAGCUGUGAUUGGGGUUCGG